AGAGAGAGAGAGAGAGAGAGAGGAGAGAGAGAGAGGAGGACGUCUGUGAGGAUUUGGCGCCGUUGGCGUCUUUUGAGCGCAACGCACAACAAGCUGAUUAUUAGCGGGGCGAGCUGCGAACGGAUUUACGCGCACGGAAGCAGGAGUCGGGAGGAAUAUUAGGAUGCUGAGUACCUUCCCUCUCCGCUAUUCUUCUCCACCCUGACUUCCAUGAGCUGAGAGCGCCACCUGACGGGAGGAACCAAUCGCGAGCGAGCGCCAGGAAGAGGAGCGGGCAGAAGGCCGGGCGAGGAAAGAAGAAAAGACACUUUUCCGGGGCGGGCUCGCACUUUGUGUCCGCGUAGGGAAAUGGCGGCAACGGAAGCCGACGCGGCGCCCGCCGUCCAAGAAGACGGCAAGAGUCCGGAGAGCGAGCGGACGGAGGCGGAGCAACCUGCGGAAAAAGACGGCGCGGCCGUCAACAGCGAGGCCGUCCCUACCGAAGAGACGGCGGAGAACGCCGAGGAGGCCGGAGCGGCCGGCGGCGACUCGGCGCCCCCUCAGAGCGCCGAGAACCACGAGCACAAGACCUCCUUCCUGGACUCCUUCCUGAACAAGAGCGGUCUGGGGAAGGUGAUGUCCGGGAGGAAAAAGAAAGAGGACGGCGCCGCCGAGGGGACGGAGAAAGACGCGGAGAACGAGGCGGCGGAGCCGGAAGCCGAAGCGGCGGAGAAAGCGCUGGAAAACGGCGAGAAGGACGAGGAGAAAAAGAGCAAAGAGUCCAAGUCCUCGGUCCGGGAUCUGAUCCGGAAGCCGGUGGCUAAGAUCUUCUCGCACCGGAGCGCGGAGAAGAAAGACGGCUCGGAAGCUCCCAAACCGGUUCGCUCCAGGUCUCUGGAUCGCCUGGAGGAUCCUCAAGCGCUCAGCACCGAGGAGGCGGACGGCGGCGCGGAGGGCGGAGCCGAAGCGGAAACCGAAGCGGAGGCGGAGCAGAAGGCGUCCUCCUCGUCCGCCACCAAGCACAUGAAGCGCUGGCACUCUUUCAAGAAGCUCAUGGCCCAGAAAACGCACAAGAGGAGCGUCGGCGAAGAGGGCGCCGACGGAGAAGGAGGCGGAGACUCGUCCACGUUGGACUCCAAGGAGUCGGGACAAAAGAGGUGGAAGCUCAAGCGUUCCUGGACCUUCCAGGGACUCAAGAGGGAUCCGUCCGUGGUGGGCAUCAGCGGGAAGACCAAGAGCGGAGAGAAAGAGCAGGAGGCGCCCGACGGCGAGGAAGAGGGCGGCGAAGGAGAGAAGGCGGAGGGGAGCGAGGAGGACAAGGCGGCAGCGGCGGGGGGCACCGUCACGCAACACGCCAACGAGAUCUGGACCUCCUUUAAGAAGCGAGUCAUCCCCAAGUCCAAGCGGGCAAACACCGAGUGCCAACCUGGCGGGGAAGAUGACGCAAACGCCGGAACCGCCUCAGGCGAAGACGGCGCGACGGAGGACGGAAAAGACGCCAAGUCGGCCAAAGCCAAGCGCUCCCACUUCGGCCGUGCCGUCUCCCUCAAAAACUUCAUCCUCCGCAAAGGCAAGUCCACCAGCGUGGACAUGGGCGACGCCGCCAAGGAAGAAGAAGCGACGCCCGCCGAAGAAGGCGGCGACGGCGACGCCGGUGGAGACGGCGAAGGCGACGGCGAAGCUAACAAACCGACCGAAGCGGGAGACGCCGGCGAAGCUAGCGAAAGCGUCGCCGACGACGGCGAGGCGCGGCAGGAAGCCGAGAAGACGCCCGUCGCCAACGGCGAGAACGGCUGCGAGAACGGGACGGCCGAGGACGACGCCCACGACGAGCGACCGGACCGGGAGGAGGAGAACAGCCCGCUGAAGAAGAGCAAGGAGGUGGGCGGAGCCAAGGAAGAGACCAACGCCAAGGUCAUCAACGCCGCGGCGCCGCCCGUGAACAGCGACAAAAAGGCGGGAAGCGCGUGAGGCCGCACAAAGAGGAUUAGAACUUCGCUGAGCAAGGAGCUCUGAGCCCCGCCCACCCCACCACACACACCCACAAUCCCUCCCUCCCAAAUCCUUCCUUGCACCCCCCACCCGCCCUGGCCCCGCCCCCAAUCAGGUGUUAAGAGGAAAAGAUGCGAACUACUCGGAAAGCAAUAAUUCACGUCCCGUCCCGUCGUUUGAUUUCCUCUGCUUGUGUGUGACAUUUUAUUUUGCAGAAAUGUCAAGUUAGAAAACAACGUCCAACUUCCUGUCCGUGCCGAGCCCUGAUUGGUGGAUUAAAAAAAAACAAACAAACGAGAGUGUUAGUUUUCUAUCGAAAGCCGUUAUGCUUUGUAGCCCCACCCCUUCCCCCCGCCCCAAUCCAUCCAAGAAUAGUUUGGACUCCAGUACAUAGACUGCUCCAGUAAAUAGACAGCCCCGAAGACUGCCCUCCUUAUCCCCCCGACCCCCCCACAACACUGCGAUGUCUCCAGCUGCGUGUUGAGUGUUUAGACUGUUCUGUCGUGGACAUGAUGAUGUAAAAGACUAAAAAAAAAAAAAACAACAAAAAUAAACAAUUAACUCGUUGGCUGCCAUUGACAGCGCUGGACGUCCAUUUUUUUUUUUGAACAGCAAAAAAAAUUCCCCAUUCAUUUUCAAUGGAAAAAAAAAAUGUUGUCCAAUUCACAUCAUUCAAAAACAGAAAAACAAUUGACAAAAUUAAGGCAUUCAAAAGUUAUCGGUUUCAUCAAUUAAGUCAACAUAAAAAGCUUCCCAACAUAUUUCCAAUGGGGCAUACAACACUUAUGAAAAUGUUAAUAUAUUUUUUCUUUAUAAAAUCAACAGGAAGUGACCCAAAAAUGUCUCGACAUCAACAGGAAGUGACUGUAUAUCAAGAGAAAGUAAACCUGAAACACCCCCAAUUUAAAGAAGUAACCCCGAAAAUGUGACCUGGGCCAUGUGGCAAAAUGGAUUUUGCCUUGUAACAUUUUUUUUGCCAUGUGGCAAAAUGGAUUUCGCCUUGUGGCAUUUUUGUCUCAAAAUCAAAGAGAAGCGGCCCAGAAUGCUCCCAAACACAGGAAAUGACCUGUAAAUACCCCCAAAUCAACAGAAGGCAACCUAAUAAUGCCACAAGACCAACUGGAAGUGACCCCAAAUCAACAGGAAGUGACCUAUAUAGAUUAUAUAUAUUUGUAUAUUACCCAUUUAGCCACGUGGCAAAAAAAAAUGCUGUAUGGGAAAAUCCAUUUUUCUACAUGGCAAAAAAAGCCACAUGGCAAAAUCCAUUUAGCCACAUACCAAAAAAAUGCCAUAUGGGAAAAUCCAUUUUUCCACAUGGCAAAAAAAAAAAAAGCCACGUGGCAAAAUCCAUUUUGCCACAUGGCAAAAAAACAAAACAAAAAAAAAGCCACAUGGCAAAAUCCAUUUUGCCAAAUGGAAAAAAAAUGCCACAUGGCAAAAUCAAUUUUUACUACAUGGCAAAAAUCCCAUUUUGCCACAUGGCAAAUACCACUUUUGUUACUCACUGUCACUUCUCCAGCAGGGCAGAGAAUGAAAAGUGGUAUUUGCCAUGUGGCAUUUUUUUUUUUUUUUUGCCAAGUGGCAUUUUUUUUGCCAUGUGGCAAAAUGGAUUUUGCCUUGUGACAUUCUUUUUGCAAUGUGGCAAAAUGGAUUUUGCAAAAUCCAUUUUGCCACCUGGCAAAAAAAUGGCAUUUUUGCCUCAAAAUCAAAGAGAAGUGGCCCAGAACGCUCCCAAACACAGGAAAUGACCUGUAAAUACGCCCAAAUCAACAGAAGGCAACCUAGUAAUGCCACAAAACCAACAAAAGCAACUGGAAUCGACCCCAAAUCAACAGGAAGUGACCUAUACACGCAUAUUUCUAUAUGACCCAUUUAGCCACAUGGAAAAAAAACAAAACAAAAAGAAAGCCAUAUGGCAAAAUCCAUUUUGCCAAAUGGAAAAAAAAAUGCCACAUGGCAAAAUCAAUUUUGCCACAUGGCAAAUACCACUUUUGUUACUCGCUGUCACUUCUCCAGCAGGGCAGAGAAUGAAAAGUGGUAUUUGCCAUCUUGUGGCAUUUUUUUUUGCCAUGUGGCAAAAUGGAUUUUGCCUUGUGACAUUCUUUUUGCAAUGUGGCAAAAUGGAUUUUGCAAAAUCCAUUUUGCCACCUGGCAAAAAAAUGGCAUUUUUGCCUCAAAAUCAAAGAGAAGUGGCCCAGAAUUUCUAUAUGACCCAUUUAGCCACAUGGCAAAAAAAAAAAAAAAUGCCACAAGACAAAAUCCAUUAUUCCACAUGGCACAAAAAAUGCAUGGCAAAAAAAAAAAAAAAAAAAAAAACACAAGGCAAAAUCUAUUUUGUCACAUGGCAAAAAAAUGCCACGUGGGAAAAUCAAUUUUGCUACAUGGCGUGGCAAAAAAAAAAAAAAAAUGCCACAUGGCAAAAAUCCCAUUUUGGCAAUUACCACUUUUGGUACUUGCUGUCUCUUUGAAAAGUGGUUUUGCCAUAUGGCAUUUGUUUUUGCCAUGUGGCAAAUUUCUUCCACAUACUGUAGAUUUGCAAAAUCCACUUUGCCACAAAAAAAUGACCAAAAAAAAUGCCACAUGCCAAAAGAAAAAAAAAUGCCACACGGCAAAUACCAUUUUUUGUUCUCGGCCCUGCUGCCCAAAUACAGGAAGUGACCUGUAAAUGCUCCGAAAUCAACUGGAAGUGACCCAAAAUCAACUCCACCCCUCAAAAAUAAUAGGGAGCCAAAAUGAACAGGAAAAGACCUGUGAAUGGCCCCUAAAAUCAAUAAGAAGUGACCCAAAACUGGUUAAUAUAUCACUGUCAAUGGCAGCUAAUGAGUUCAUUAUGCAGGACCAGGAGUGCCAAAAUCAACUCAUUCACUCAUUGGCUGCCAUUGACAGCAACAGACGUCCAAUCCUUUCCGCUUCCAACGGAUUGGACGUCUACUACUGAUAAAACUCAUUUGCAAAAGGAUGACUGGACGUCUAUCUUUGUCAAUGGCACCGAGUUAAUUAAAAAAAAAAAAACAAACAAAAAAAAAAACGAAU